GCGAGGUCAGGCGAGGUUAUCUCGCGUCGUUUCGUCAGCUGUCAUUUUGACGUUUCAUGUUGGAGCAAAACAAUUCCUGUUUAUAAAAUUUGAAUGUUGUAAUUUUAUUCAGAAUGGAUAGAGCUGAUAAGCCUCAGAAUCAGAUAAACAAAACUGUAUUAAGCAGUGUAGCACCGGUUCAGAAACAUGACAAGACUCUUCAAAAAACUUUGAAAGGGAUUAUUGCAGGUGGUAUUACAGGUGGAAUAGAAAUAUGUAUCACAUUCCCUACAGAAUAUGUGAAAACACAGCUUCAGUUAGACGAAAGAUCUGGCAGAGCCCGCAGAUAUACAGGGCCUGUUAAUUGUGUUCAAUUGACUGUUAAAGACUAUGGUGUUAGGGGGCUUUAUAGGGGUCUUCCAGUACUUUUAUAUGGUUCAAUACCUAAAUCAGCUGUAAGAUUUGGUAUGUUUGAAGAAUUAAAAAGACAUACAUGUGAUGAAAAAGGACAUUUAUCACCUCAUAAAAGAGUUUUAUGUGGAUUAGGUGCUGGUAUAGCAGAAGCCAUUUUUGCAGUAACUCCUAUGGAAACUAUUAAAGUAAAAUUUAUAAAUGACCAGACCUCAGCGAAUCCUAAAUUUAAAGGAUUUUUUCAUGGUGUCAGGGAAAUUAUAAAAACUGAUGGUAAGGAUGUAUACAGGGGUAUACGGAUUGUACCAAUUUUAAAAAACAGUAAUCAAGCUUUGUUUUUUUUUUUUGGGGUUUAAAAAAGGGAUCGAGGGGAGGACCACAAUAAACGGGUACCGAUGUAUGUUGUUGGAGCAUUUGGUGCUUUUGCCGGUGCUUGUUCUGUUUAUGGAAAUACACCAUUAGAUGUUAUUAAAACUAGAUUACAGGGUUUAGAGGCACAUAAAUACAAGGGAACAAUAGACUGUGCAGUAAAAAUAUUCAAACAUGAGGGACCAAGAGCGUUUUACAAGGGUACUGUACCAAGAUUGAGCCGUGUCUGUCUGGACGUUUGUAUAACUUUCAUGAUUUACGAUUCAUUUAUGGAAUUCUUUAACAGGGUCUGGAGAACCGAUUAAUUGUGAAUCAUAAUAACUGAAAUUCUACUAUACCAACACAGAAAAACCACAGUUCAUCAUCUUCUAGGAAACCAGCAAAUUGUAGAGCUAUAGUUUGAACAAACAACCUUGAAUGCAACCAUAACCUGAGAUUUUCUGUCCCCAUUAAAUAUUGUUUUACCCUGUAAAUAAAUAUAGUUUAAUAUGAUGUUUGUAAUUCAGAAUGUCUAUAUAUGAGUCAUUAAAGUUACUUGUUUGCAUUAAGACCAACAUUUUUCAAAAGUCAUUUUUAUUUAAUUUAUACAUAUAAAUGAAAUAAGAAAACAUUUUGUAUACAGAGAGCGAUACAUUUUUAUGUUACAUACAAAGAAUUACCAUGGAGACACACCAACUUUAUUUCAGUGGUGUCUUAAUCACCAGUGUAUAAAUACAUCUGCAUAUAUCACCAAAUUCAAAAUUACACCAUUUUCACAUUGAAAUGUUGAUUUCUGCUGAAACUGUUGCCAGGGAACAUCAUUGGUAACUAGCAUAUACCACUAAAUGCUUACAGGAACAGGCUCAAUUAAACCAAGUUUGCAACAUAAUUAAUUUUGCGAUGUCCCCGGGUGACUUAUGGCUCCGAUUUUAGCUUUUUUUGAUGGCCUUAUCCUUUCCCCGCACAUAUUUCUACUCUCAGAAAUAAGCAGUUAAAAAGUGCAGGAUUUGAUUCAGUUUUCAAAGAAAACUUUGCAUUGAUACUUGAGGCCUAAGUUAUUCAAUUUUCUGUCUUGCAGAAUCAAAACUUUUUUUUUGUAUUUUUUAAUAGGCCUACUAGUAUUCCUACUAGUUACCAAAUUGAAUUGAAGCAUACAGUAUAAUACAUGUUUAUCAUUUGUUUGUAAAGUAAAAACCUUUCUCUUUCUUUACCUAAAAUAUCACAAAACAUAAGGUAUAAACAUUUUUUAUAAAUUUCAGGCACCUUUUAAAAGGAUAAAUUUUUAUCUUAGUGCAUUAAAGGGUUAACUUACCGGUAUAUAGAUUAUAUAAAUACUUUACCAGUUACUGCAUGAGUAUUUGCUGAAAUCAAAGGUCCUAAAGGUUGAUAUGAUAGUAGAAUGCUGAAUAUCAAUUUAAUGUUUUACAGCAGUUUUGUUAAAGAGUUAUUAUUAUAUUAUAGUUAAGGGCAUAGCGCUUCUUGUUGUUUAUAUAUUUGAUGGCUCAUUGUAUAUAUUUUAUAUUAUUGUUAUUUAGUUUAGUUUUAAUUCAUUAAGGAUAAUGAAAUCACUCUAUAUGUGCUAUAAAUUGGUCUCACAUAUUCUGAUUAUUCUAAAAGUUAAAAAAAACACCAUAAAAAGUACUCAAAGACAAAAUUUGUGAUAAAAUUAACAAUUUGGUUUUGCACUUUCUUUUAAGGUUGUAUUAGCAAUUUGUUUCUCAUUGUCUUUGCAUAAACUUAAGCUGAAAUAACAUGAAACAAAUUUACAUAUUUUGUUUUGUUCUGUCCAUGCUGUCAUCAUUUACUCUAUUUCUGUGCUUACAUCCUUACAAUAGUGCUCUGAUGAUAUGACUGAUUGCCUCCCUUUGAUAUUUUACCACCUUUUGUAUUGUGUAUUAUUAGGAGUUCUAUCCAAUCAUUGUAGCCAUACUUGUUAAGAGAAACUUUAUUAUGUUUACAAUUGUUGCUCAUUCUUUGUGUUCUUGACUUUACAUCUUCUAACAGUGUUCUAAGAUAUUCAGUGCUUUCUUUUAUUUUUGUUAGUGAUUUUGUUAAAGUCUUUACCUAUAACCUGAUGGAAAAAACAAAACAAAAGUGAUUUGUCUUUGCUGUCUGUAUAAAGUCGGGACAGCCUGUACCACACCACUGUGUUUAUACUGUUAUAGUUUUUGAUAUUGAAAUCCCUUAAACUGUGAAUGGACUGUUCCAAAUUUAAAGUAGACAAGUUUAUUUUGAAAAUUUUGCAGGUUCAGGGUUAGUAAUAUAGUUUUACUUCUACAGACACUUAAAGUACCAUGUAUGCUUUUCUUGCAAGUUAGUUAAAGUCUUCAACACUUAUUUACAUACUGUUAUAGUUUAUUAGCUAACAGUAUUAAAAGUGCAAGUAUGUUAUGUCAGAUAAUAGUCAGCUGAUUGUCUGUGACCAAUUGAUAUCUCCUUUUAUAAGUCAAAUGUGCUAGACCGAAUAUUGGUUUGUGGCAUUGUUGGGUACCUUCUUUGCAAUGUUGCAUAAAACUUUAUAAUUGUUGAUAUUCAGACAAUAACAAGUUUAUAACAUCAGUUUUCAAAGUGUCUCAAGCAUGGAAAACCUUAUAUUUGUAUUUGUUUUUUGCCAUUUGAAUUGCUUGUUUUAAGUAGGAUAAGGAAAUACAUAAACCCAUAACUUGCUGAGUAUCUGAAAUGGACUAGUCCAGCUACCAUAUUUGGAACUGUCCAUUAUCAAUUUUGGGGAAAUCAAGGUGAACACCCAAUAGUAUAUAGUCUGGUCAGACCAAAUAUAUGUGCUGACUGGCUAACAAAAUAGUUUAGUCAAGUCUGCAUGAAAGUUCUAGAAUAGAAUAAGUAUAAGCCCAUCAUUUUCAUUGUUCACAAUUGAAGGGUUUUUAAAGUUUUAUAUUCAAGAUAUAUCAGCAUAUUUGCCUUUUUAUUUUAAUGCCAUUAAAGAGUAAAUUGUAAGUUUUGAUAAUGAAUGAUAUUCAGUUAGUGAUAUGAAUUUUAUCUCACAGAUAAUAUACUGUAUUUCAUUGAAUGUCACAAAAUUAUAGACCAAAUUUAAUACAUAUUUCAUAAGUAAAUUGUUAAUUGGUUGUGUAUGGUGUGUAAAUAUAUAAAGUCUAGCUAAUGUUAAAUAUAAGUCUUGAUUUUAGAGGGUUUUAGUGCAGAUCCUGAACAGUAAAUGUAUGUUCUGUCUCUAUUGUUGUUUAUUGCUAUUGUUCACACUGUUAAACAGUUAUAUAGUUAACAUUGUUGUUAUGGGAUAACCGAUAUGUAAAUAAUUAUACUGAUAGAUUAGUUCAAUAAUUAUUGUAGAAUCAUUAUAUGAUGUAGGCAAAUCAUUAUUGUUUUAAAGGUUUCAAAAAUAGGGCUAUUUGUGAUCAAUUAUUUAUAUAUACUCUCGAAGAUUUCUGUGAAAGUUACAAUUACUUUCUUGCAAUUAGUAUGGAGCCAUCCCCUGCAGGUUGGUCAGAGUCUAUACUUUCUGAUGCUUGAUUUAACCACUUAGAUUGCAUAUCCCUAAAAUUAACAAUGGGUCAUUCCAAAGUGAAAGCAGGGUGAGUCCAUAAAACAAAUUUAGUUGUGUAAUGAAUGAGUAAAAAGUAAUGAGUACAAGGAAGGAAUGGUGUUAAAUUAAACUUGAAUCACAAGGGCAUUCUUAUAUACUAGAGUUGUGCAGUUUGUCAAAUUAAAAAGACACUGAAAUAAAAAAAAAUUCAUAAAAUCUGGGUUGGCGGCGGUGGGAGCUUCUGUGGCCGAGUGGUUAAAGUCAUUGACUUCAUACCACAAACCCCUAAACACUGUUUGAGUCCUGUCAGGGUCUUGGAUUCUUUAAUGUGAUGAAGCUGUCCAGCUAGCUUACUGCAUCUCGGUCAGGUUGUACUCAGAUGCCUGUUCGUGCCUGAAAUAAUGCAUGGAGGGCAUCUGAGGUUUUCCUGCACAAGUAAAGCAGGAAAAUAGCCAUAUGACCGAUACAGUGUCUAGUUAAAACCCGACCAAAAAUAUUAGGAACAUGUAAUAGGAUUUUGUCAAUAAAGUACACACCUGGAAUAAAAAUAUUUUGAAAUCAUUUUCAUGUAUAAUCAGCAAUAUGAAAUAAAAGCAUCAUAAUGUAAAUCUCUUCCCAUAAAAUGUUUUGUUUUUAGCUCGACCAUUCAAAGAAUAGGGAGAGCUGUUGUAUUUACCCAGGCAUUGGCGUCACCCUUGGGUUAAGUUUUUGUGUGCAUGUUGCUAUAAUCUCCAAAACUACUAAAGAGAAUGAGUUGACUUUACACACUUACUUGAGAGCACUUAAAGGUCACUAUCCAAGGCCCAUAACUGGAACAUUUUGACUUUUUUGAACUUGAGAAAUUAUUCAAGCUCUUGUUAGUCAAGCAUGCUGUCCUACUGACAGCUCUUGUUACUUCUAUAAUUUACAAUUUAUCAGCAGGUCAAAGCAUUCCAAGUGAUUUUAUAAUAUGAGCCGCGUCAUGACAAAACCAACAUAAUGGGUUUGCGACCAGCAUGGAUCCAGACCAGCCUGCGCGUCUGCGCAGUCUGAUCAGGAUCCAUGCUGUUUGCUUACAAACCCUAUUACAAGUAGAGAAACUGAUAGCGAACAGCAUGGAUCCUGAUCAGACUGCGCGGAUGCGCAGACUGGUCUGGAUCCAUGCUGGUCGCAAACCCAUUAUGUUGAUUUUGUCAUGACGCCGCUCAUAUGUAUGAUUUUAGAACAAUGUGUUCAACCUGCAAUUUUAUGUAUUUUUUCAUGGUAAUUUUGGCCAGUUUGAUGACAGAAUUAUUUGUGUGACAAUUUUUCAAUCAAUUUUUGAUAUUUUUUGUGUUACAUCAUUGUUAAACAAAAUUUUAUACAAUAGUGAGGUCAGGUAAUUGGUCAUCUUUAUGAUUUUUAUAACUGUUUCUAAAUGUAUGCAAUGGUAUUACUCAUUGAUAUACAAUAUGUAGUAUUUUACAAUGUAUUUGUGCUCCAUCAGAUUAACGUAUGUAUGUACAUGUACCAAAUGUAAUAUAGGGGGUUAUCAUAAUGUAAGGGGAAUUCAGCAGUGUUAAAUUGAUAUAUUUACACAUGUAUAGCUUAGUGAUGUCAGCCUGUUAGCAUAAACACCACAGGUUCGUGCAUUACUAGGGUCACAAUCACGCUAUAUGUAUGUCACUUCAACUGGCGAGUCCUGAAAGCGUAAGCUCUACGCUUUCGUCACAAGUAAGCUAAAACUAUAUACAUGUGAAAUGUAAAUGGUUAAAUAAAACUAUUUUGUUAUAAUUAUUUAAAUUUAAUGGAAAGCCUAAAACAUAAACUUUGCCAUACAUACAUUAUAUUAGACUACAUCAUUAUUACACUAUGUAGAAAAAGAAGUUCUUCACAAUUAAUUUACUUUCAUUGUGUUCCUUUGAAAUCAUUUAUACAUGUACAUGUAUAUUGUUUAUACAAAAUAAUUAAAUGUUUAUUUUUAGAAGAAUCUUUCUUAAAAUGUUCAAGAGUUAUUCACAAGAUGGGCAGUCAAAUGUGUGUGGAAAUGGAAAUAUGUUUGUUGACAGGUUGUUUUCAUUGACCAAGAGAGUAUUAGAUGCAUAUAGCUUUGUAUGGAAGGUUUUUUUCUGUAUGUGAUUUUUAUUUCACAAUCAUGUUUAACUGUAUUGGUUUUUAUUUAUUAUUUAAUGUUGGUUUGUAGUAUUAAAAGAAAAGAUGGUGCGUAAAGUAGUCAGCCGGUGCCAUAACAACAUAGAUAAUGUACUUACAUGAUCUCAAACAUGUAUUUAAUAUUAUAAUACAACUUUACAUUUAUCAAUUAAGUAAACAACAUGGUUUGUGUUUCUAGUUUGUUUAAUGCCAUUGCAGUGACAUUACCUAAUCUUACAAUCACCUCCUGAUAUUACAGAUAAAACAUGUAAGGGCCUAUAUACCAGUGAUAACAUCAAAUCUUUAACUUCAUAUUGUAAAACUUAAAUUUCUUAAUCAACAUAUCAAAAGAAAAUCAAGACUAUUCAAGACUUUAUACAAAUUUAUGUGAGGAGGUGAUUGUAAGAGCUUCUAAGUGUACAACUUUAAUUUAUAAUAUGUCAACCGAAAAAGUUCAGAAUCAAGACAAAACAAGACGGUUAUACAAAUUUGUAGACAAAAACAGAAUAUUUUGACUUCUAUAUAAAAAAAUCACUAUAACUGUACUAAUUGCCAAAAAGCAACUGAAGGAAAACAUUGUUCUGGUAAUUGGCCAAUGAGCUUCUGUUUAGAAACUAUAACAGAACAACAAAUUAAAAUGAUUUUGAGAAAUGAGAAUUCAAGCAUUUCUGGGGCAUAAUGGGCCUUUAAAGACUCCUAGGUUUUUUUUUGCAUUGUACAAUAUUAGUAUUGUACAUGUGUAUAUGUAUGCUUGUAUUGCCAUCAUGGGCGAAUAGCCUUAUGGAAUAAAUGAAAUAAACUCUCAAACUCUCUUAGUGCUUCCUGAAAUAAACUGUUGAAGUAUUAUAUGUAAAUUUACCUCGUUGAUUUAAAUAUCUGCUAUUGGUUAUGGUAUUCAUAUUUUUUUCAUGGGGAAUUUUUCAUUGUCUUUAUUUUAUAUAUGAUUUACGAUCCAUAUUUUAUGUAACCAUGGAUACCACUGAUGUUUUAUUUUUGACUUAUUACAAGUUUUCAUUUAUCUACAAAAAUGGGAGGCGAUAAUUAUCUAUGUAAUUAUCUAUAUAUUAAGUUCCAUUAAGUGAAAAUCUAGUAGUCUUAUGUCUUCAACCACUGUUCUUCUUAGUUUUGCAACUAUGUCAUCACUCGAGAAGUAAUUUAAAUAUAUUUCUAUACAAGUACGUAAUACAAUGUUUUGUUUGGGGUAGAAAAUGGACAAUCGAACUGUACUUUAUUUCUUACAAAAGGAAAAAAUAAAAAUUUUUUAUGUCUUCUCCUAGCUAUUAAGAUAUAUCAAAUAUUUAUAGAUUGUAUGAUGUUGAAGAUUCAAAUGUUUGUGAACAGCCACUGCUAAAUUUCCUCAUUUUUUACAGCUCAGAUGUAACAGAUUUUUUAUUUAUAAUUACCGUAGCAAUUACAUGUAUAUUUAGUCUGUCAUCUGUUAUUAUGUAAGGGUUGUUAACUUCACUUAUCUGAUAGAAAAGGGGUAGAAGCAGCAAAAGCUGUAUUAUUGUUAUAGCAUGGUACUGUGAUGGUGGUCAGUGCCCUUUGCUGCCAUUAUUUGGGUCUAUUCUUGAUACUUGUGUUCAUUAACAUAACCAACCAUUACAAUAAAGGCAGGAGCUAUUUUUGUUCUAUUAAUGCAUGAAAUGUGAUAUUAUGUUUUAUUUUGUGAAGAAAAGUUUAUUUUUAUUUUUGGUGAUACUAUUUUUCCAAAUACUGCUUAUAUAUAUUUUCUUUAUGUGGUAUACUACAGGACCAUUUUUGCAUAUGUGUAAUCUAACUGUGUAAUGUUAUAUAUACUGGUAUUUUGUGUACAGCAGAUAGACGGGCUUGUAACAUAAACAAUUUGUAUCCCCAUUAUUCAUAAAUAUGCAAUACGCAAUACAAGAUUUAGAUAAAAAUAA